UCACUACAAACUGACAAGCCCCUCCGUGACUCUGGGGUGCAGGAGUGGGGUUCCGUUGCCGUCCCGGUUCCCCCUCUCAGUGGGCGCGUCCACCCGCGAGGCGGGGUCGGAGUCUCCAAGAAGCCCUGUGCUGGGGGCUAGGGGCUGGCGGCCAGGGUCCCAUGGCCCCGCUGGGAGGCGCCCCGCGCCUGGUGCUGCUGUUCAGCGGAAAGAGGAAAUCCGGCAAAGACUUCGUGACCGACGCUCUGCACAGCAGGCUUGGUGCCGAUGUCUGUGCCAUCCUCCGCCUCUCUGGUCCCCUCAAGGAGCAGUAUGCUCAAGAGCACGGCCUGGACUUUCAGAGACUCCUGGAUGCCAGUACCUAUAAGGAAGCUUUCCGGAAGGACAUGAUCCGCUGGGGUGAAGAGCAGCGCUGUGCAGACCCUGGAUUUUUCUGCAGGAAAGUGGUGGAGGGUGUCUCCCAGCCUGUCUGGCUGGUCAGUGACACCCGAAGACCAUCCGACAUCCAGUGGUUCCAGGAGGCCUAUGGGCCCGUGACGCAGACGGUGCGCGUGGUGGCCUUGGAGCAGAGCCGCCAGCAGCGGGGCUGGGUAUUCACACCAGGGGUGGAUGAUGCCGAGUCAGAGUGUGGCCUGGAUGACUUCGAAGACUUCAACUGGGUCAUCGAGAACCACGGGGAGGAGCAACUCCUGGAGGAACAGCUGCAGAACCUGCUGGGGUUCAUCCGCUCCAGGCUGUAGUGGGGGGAGAAGGGGUGCCCACUGUGGACAUGUGGCCUUGGACACUGGCCAAGGGGCAGCAGGCAGAGCCUGUGCCUGGCUUCUAGUGCUGUGUGGGCACCUCAUUUGUAUGAGGGCCCACAGCUCUGCUCCUUCAAGGAGGUCAAGGACAUGGGCCUGGGCUGGCUUUGGGGGAAACGGAAAGCCCCUCUCUCUGGUAGUACUCCCCUACUCCAGAUGUGUCCAUCCUCUUUGUUCUGGCUGGAGCCUGUGUCCCCCAACUGGAUGUGAAUAAAUCUUGGGGUUCCCACUCAAA